AUGCCUAUGGAAAGACAGACGAGCGAGAGCACGCAGGCGGGCGGAAAGGGUUGACCACUUGGCACCAAGGAGGCAACGGGAAAGACCACCAGCGAGGGGUGCUAACAGGAGGGCUGAGGUGCAGAAUGCUCUGCAAAAUGCUGUUAACAGAGACGACUCUCCACCACGUCCGACACCACCAGAACAACCAGUCCGGCAGUUUGCUUCUGCUGAAGUUCAGACGGACGACACGGCCAAUGGUGGUCAUGAAGAGGUCAACUUCCUACCUGAACAUGUUAUCUGGAUUGUUGGCUCAUCUAUAACACACUGGGCAAAUAAAAGGGCUGCUUACAGGUCUACAGUCUCCUUUGGCCUUAAAGACUGCAAAGUCUCAUGGUUCACGAGAAGAGGGAUGACGUGGCCGGAAGUACUUCAUUUAGUCUCGAGGAAGCUGCAGGACUGUACAUACAGACCAGAUGCCAAAGUCAUCCACUGCGGCGGCAACUCACUUGGUAAGAUACCAAAAGGUUUCUUGGCAAAACAAGUACGAAAUGAUCUGUCGGAAAUACGCAAGUUAGCUGGACCAACAACUCUUUUAAUUUGGUCUAAUAUAUUGCCCAGAUUAAACUGGCUUUCAAAUAUUUAUGUUGGUAGACUCGAAGACUGUAGAAAGAAAAUAAACCGUGCUGCAGCUUUACAAGUUUUUAGACUAGGCGGUUGUUGGAUCAAGCAUUGUCAGAUCACUGCAGAUACACCUUGUUUACUUAGAUCAGAUGGUAUUCACUUAUCUGAUAUAGGUCUUGACAUUUUUAAUUUAUCAAUCAAGGAAGCUAUUGAAUCAGUUAUGUCGGAAAACUUAAAAGCAGUAUUUGAAUGAAAUUUUCUUUUUCCCAAUCACUUUUUGGGUCCAUUUUAUUUUCAUAAAAUAUGUGUGGCCCUCAACACACAAAAAGUGCAUUUCGGUAUGUGUCAUAUGUUUGUAAAUUUGCCAGGCUAUCAUCAUAAGGCAAUAUUUAAAGUUGAUAGAAAACCGUUUCAAGAUAUAGUUUUGUGCAGUUUCGCCUUGCUUUCUCUUUUGCAAUGAAUUUUGACUCUCUGCCAUUCGCCAGGUCAACAUUCUGAGCUUAUUUAUAUACUGCUGCCA